ACGCAGAAGAAGAGAGAGAAACAUCAGUAAAGAUGGCGGAGAAAAGCAGCACGGACCGUACGGAGGAUGACAACAUGGAUAAUAGUGUUGCUCCCGGAGCAUCUAUGAUGGUGGUCACCGUCAAAACCCCCAAUGGAAAAGAGGAAAUCUCCAUUUCAGAGGAUUCAUCUGUCUCACAGUUUAAACAGGAGGUGUCCAAAAAGUUUGAGGCCCAGCAGGACCAGCUGGUGUUGAUAUUUGCUGGAAAGAUUCUGAAGGACGGUGAUACGUUAAAACAGCACGGUAUCAAAGACGGCUUGACCGUUCAUCUCGUCAUCAAGACUGCCCCAAAAUCGACAGGUGACGGUACAUCUCAGACAAGUUCCCGUUCUGCAUCAUCUCAAAGUAGCAGCAGCAACGCCAGCGCAGCAGACAGAGCCGGAAGUGGCACGAGUACGACGCCAACACAACCUGCUAAUGCAAUGGGUGGACUCGGUGACCUUUCCGGCUUGUUGGGUCUGGGCGGUCUGGGCGGUCUGGGAGGUCUGGGAGGUCUGGGCAGUAUGGGAGGUCUGGGCGGUAUGGGUAAUAUGGGCAUGCGCUCAUCCAGCUUCAUGGAGAUGCAGCAGCAGGUGCAGAGUCAGCUGAUGUCCAACCCAGAAAUGCUGUCGCAGGUGAUGGGCAACCCGAUGGUGCAGAACAUGAUGUCCAACCCAGAACUGAUGAGACAGAUGCUCGCAGGCAACCCUCAGAUGCAGCAGCUCAUGGGACGGAACCCGGACAUCUCCAGCAUGUUCAGCAACCCUGAGCUCAUGAGACAGAUGCAGAGUCCCGAAACAAUGUCUAUGAUGACCAACCCCAGGGCCAUGCAGGCUCUCAUGCAGAUCCAACAGGGCCUGCAGACCUUACAGACAGAAGCCCCGGGAUUCAUGUCCAGAUUGUCUCCUGGAGGUCUCCCGGUUCCUCCAGCCUCAGGGGUCAGCAUCCCCCCAGAGAACCCUCAGCCCUCUACUAUGGCAACAGGAUCCAGCCCCUCCUCAGCCACCAGUCCCUCUGACCAACAGCUCCUCCAGCAGAUGUUACAGAUGUUCGCAGGCGGAAGGCAACCAUCUCCUCCCUCGCAGCUUCAGACCCCCGAGGUCCGUUUCCAGCAGCAGCUCGACCAGCUCAACACCAUGGGCUUCAUCGACCGCCAAGCCAACCUGCAGGCGCUCAUCGCUACGGGAGGGGACGUCAACGCCGCCAUCGAGAGACUCCUGGCCUAACUCGCUCAGGUCGGAAGACUGGUAGAGUUGUGGACUGGAAUGGAAAGUUUUAAAGUUAACACGUGACACGCAGUCCCUACAUCAAAUGCAAGUGUGACCUGACACCCAGAUAUCACUUAUUAUCUAGCCGAUCUGUAACUCAUAGGAAGUAUAAACGGGGGAGGUUGACGAGGGUCGUUGUUUCAUGACGCCACGACUAUCACUGCCAACGACCAAUAAGAUCCAGUGCAGCCGGAGAUGAUUACUGACAUAACAAGUACUCAUUCACUGGAUGUCUGCACGGGGUUACCAAGGAAUUUACUUUUAAUUGUUACUUAGAUUGACAUUAUUUAAUUUUAACUAAUUGUAUUUAUGUCGUUGGCUAAAGAGUUUUUAAUUUGGUUGUUGUUGGAUGAUGGUCUUCUGUGCUCUCAGCUUAUUUUGUUUUUUCAUCCUCUUGCUUGGUAUUUAUCUAAGUUAUCUAUUCAAAGUUUCUUUUUUUGUUUUGUUUACCCUGACAGGUGCUUGGCAGUGCUGCCUCAAUGUUUUAGGAUUGGAUUCGGAUUCCAGGACCAAAUGUGUGUAGUGUGUGUGUGUGUGUGUGUGUGUGUGUGUGUGUGUGUGUGGCGAGGGUUGGACAAAGGAAAAACUGGCAGAGAUUUUCCUCAGGUACAUUUGUCAGGUUUUUCAUUUGCAGAAUUCACCAAAACAGUUUCCAUCUGAUUGUUUUAAUCUAUAAAUUAUUCUACAAUGGAUCACAGUAUCGCCUUAAAAAUAACAUCCGUACAUCUUAGUAAAGACCGUGUCAUUGGAAUUUACUUUCUUGACAAACAGAUUUGGUUCAAGUUGGUUUCCUGUCGAUUAACAGUGUAAAAGUAAAUAAACUUCCAAACAUCCAUUUUGAUUUUUUUGUCCUGAAGUAUAAAAUGGUGUCUCUAUAAAGUGUCAAUGCCCUAAUGAUACUGUGAUUAAUUGUGGUUAUGGAUUACUCAAUAGAAAUUUUUGAAAGCCAUUGUUGCCAUCUUGGGUUCUGCAAUAUAUUGCAAAAUAAUCUGUGAAAUCUAUUGUUGCAUGUCUCCCUCUAUGGACAAAGUAGCCAAAAAACAUUUUUUUCAGUCCAAUAAAUGAUUUGCAAUUUGUCUUGUCUGAUUUAAAUGUGUGAAUGAUUUACUUUGACCUCGCAGUUUGACUGCUGUGGUAUGUUGGAUUUAAACUUUGAUUUAAAUGUCACUUUGUCCUAGCAGUGUGUUUCUGCCUGCAUCCUGUAACCACCUGUUUGCCGUGUCCAGUGAUAUCUGAAAGGUUUCACAAGUAGGCCUAUAUAUCUCUUCCUUAGAAAUACAAAUACAUUUAUAUAAUGUAAUAGUCACUAAUGGUAAUCUGUGCAGAGGAAGAAUUGAAUUAAGUAAAUGUAGCUGACCAUAAAUACUAUUCCACUAACCAAAACAGUCUGUAUUGUGCCUUUUAUCAAAUAUAACAACGCAGUUGUUUUAAUUAUUAAAAGUGAAAUUACCUA